AACUUCCUCCUCAGCACUGGCUGAGAGGCAAUUUAAAAAAAAAUCCCCAGAUCAACCUGCGCAUAUAGCUCUGUCUCAGCUCCGGAGUGAAGUCUCCUGUGCUGUAGGUAGCUCAGCUCAGCUCAGUUUUAGUGGAGACUGUCUCAUCAUGUCAGCCGACGAGCAGCAGAACGCUUUGUUGAAUAAUUCACAGCAAGAUAUUGUUAGCCACACCAGUAUGGAAGCCAGGACUACUGUUACCGGCCAGAGCAGCCGCACCUGCUCCAAGGGUCUUAUUUGGGGUGGUGUGACCGUGUUGGCGGCCAUGCUGAUCGCCGGGCAGGUUGCCAGCGUUGUUUUUCUGGUGAAGCAGCAGAGCACGAUAACCCGCCUGCAACAGACGACCAAUCUCAUCCAACAGAAAUACACCUCAAACCGGAACCGAUUCUCACCUAAGCCGAUGAUGCAUGUCAAACCUAUGAUUUUGGACAUGCCCAUUGCCUACAUUGACCCAAAUGCAGAACGUCCAAAGACUCCGAGACCCACUCCUGCCAAACCCCUGACUGUGCUGGAACAAGUGCGGGAACUGCUGAAGAAAGAGAACGCAACCAACGAGAUUCCAGAAUUUAACAGCACUUUCUCUGCCAACCUCGACCUGCUGCGAGAUAGCAUGACGGAAUCUGAGUGGCAGGACUUCGAAACUUGGCUCCGAAACUGGCUCUUUUUCCAGCUUAUUCAAGAGAAGAUGUCUGCUCCAACCAGUGCACCCCGAUACGACCCUGAACCUGAACCUGAACCUGAACCUAAACCUAGUGAGAGAAAGAUUUUCUCCAGUGUUGCGAUGAAGCCAAUGAUGGUUAGCCUUCCAGAACCUGCAAAAGCUCCAGUAUCAAAGAAAGUGCACAACAUGGAGACUGAGUGUGAGAGACAUCGCCAAGUGAAGCUUGUUCCUGGAGCUUACCGCCCCACUUGUGAUGAGAUGGGAAAUUAUGAGGCAAAGCAAUGUUGGCCAAGCACAGGAUUCUGCUGGUGCUCUUAUCCGAAUGGAACAGAGAUCUUGGGAACAUCCACGCGUGGGCGUUUAAGCUGCGAACGCUUUAUAAACUAAGAUGAUCUGAACGUGUCUGGCUUGGCAACAAUGAAUUAAGAGCUCGCAGUGGACAAGCAAGCAAAAUCUGACUGGCUUCACUCCAGAAAUUAUACAUUAAUUGCAACUUCUGAUUUUUAUUAACCUUGGGUAUGAUUGCUAACUGUUGAGAGCUGACCUCCUUAUCUGGCUGAUGUACUUUCCAUUUUUGUUCAAGACUUGUCCUCAUUGAUUUUUUUUUUUAAACAGAGAAACAAAUUGCCCAAAUCUUUGACAUCGCUCACUUUACUUCCCUAAAAAGAGUACUAUUUCCACUAGACAUUCCAUAGGAAUAUUUUGGUCCCAUUUCCUUGCAGAGUGUGGUUACGACACAUGAUUGUGCCCAGUAUCAUAACCCCCUCCUCAGAAGUUUGUUCUGUUCUCCUGCCAAGUUAUGGCUGGAGAACUAGAAUGACAUUUCACAGAUUUCAAAGUCUCCUAAGCUUAUCAAUGAGUUACUUCAGAAAUUCAAGAGACCUGGAUUUUAAAAUGCCACACAGGACCGAUUUAAUCGUGUGGAUACCAAAGAAUUCUAGACUGCUACAAAGGAAAAUCAAUAACCUUGCAGUGAAACCCCGAGAUUAGUAAUAGUCUUUUGGUAACACACACAACCUGGAAGAGAACCAAAAGAGGACAAUGGUUUGAAGUUGGGUCUCUUCAUUAGGAGGUGUUCUGUUGAUGAGUUCCAACCCUACUGGCUUGUUCACCUCAAUUUGAAAUUAAGACCCCAAUUCAUUCAUUUACUCUGGUUUACUACCCUAGACUAACUGCAGUGGUGGGCCUAUCACCACAUAGACAGCAGAAGAAGAUUAUCAUCACGGCCGCCACCACUUCCUCAAGCGGCAACUGGGAUGCUCAGUAAAUGUUGGCCUUGCCAGCACCCCCCACAUUUGGGUUUGUACGCAGGCAGAAACAGUAAACGUCGGCUUUGCCAGCACCCCCCACAUUUGGGUUUGUAAGCGGGCAGAAACAGUAAACGUCAGCCUUGCCAGCACCCCCCACAUUUGGGUUUGUAAGCGGGCUGAAACAUGUUCCGUGGUAGUUUUGCUUUUUGAAGUGAAGUGAUUUUUGUCCACCAGUCCAUACUUUUGGGGUUCAAGGUUUGAGCCAGUUGGCGAGAUAUCACUUUAUAUUCCCAAGCCAUCCUUCACCAGAUCUAAUUGAAGUGCCCAUAUUAUAACUGUGUACCUAUUUUGUUUUUGAUUAUGUAGAAUAUGUAGAACAGAAAUAGACCAUUCGGCUCAGCCAAUCCAUGCUGAUGUUCAUACUUCACUAGGCUCUUCUCCCUUAUUUUCUCAUCUAAAUUGACCGUCAUAACCCUUCUCUCUCAAAGGCUUGAUAAAAGAUAACAAAACGGAUAUAAUCCUUAUGAGGGACCAUCAGCAGAAGGUCAUUAUGCACAAUCACUUUUUUUUAAAGCUGGUAUUGUCUGUAAGCAACUUGUGAAAACUGUUAUUGCUGCCUGAUUUUUUUUAAUUAUUAUUUGUAACUCAAUGGUGAUCGCUUAACUGUAGAUGGGGAUAAUUAUUUUGCAAUAAAGGGAGGGAAUUCUGUUCUUGUGUUCUAUUUUGGACAAUAGAGGUGACUAGAUCUGGCUUCAAAUGAAAAGUUAAGUCUUUGCCUCGUUCUUGGAGCCUAGCAACAAGGCCUUAAUCCUUUAUCAAGGCCUAUGAGUGUGAGUAGUGAAUGGAAACGAUUUAAUGGUAGGGUUGCCAAAUUUCCGGGAACCUUCAAAAAUGACCAAUCAAUUGGCAGGACAAUGCUAGUGAAGAAUCAUCAUUGGCACAUUUCAAAAUAAUUCUGUGUGUUGUUUCUUUCGAGCCUUUAUUGGUGGAAGUGAGGGUAAAAAGCCGGUUUGGCUGAUACUGGAGCCUCAGCCCAAUCUUGAAGCUACGGGCCUGGUUAUUUGAGACGGGUGUACAGGUUGGGUGACCAUUGGCAGGAAUUUCUGGAUGAGGAGAUGGGGAUAGUAGGUCAUGCGAUGAAGCCUCCAGGAAUAUGACAAACUACCAUUCACAACUCAGUUUUUCAGUGCUUUUGUCUAUUUUUUUGUUUCCUGCACAUUCAUGUACACAGGAUCAAGGCAACUAUUCUAGAAAGAAAAAGUGAAAUCUGAAAGGCCAUGAGAAUAAAGACUUGACAAAAUCUGCUUGAUCUUUCUUUUCUCCAACAUACCAUGGUACAUCACAGUGAAACUCAAACACCGAUGAGACUGGUGGUACAAAGGACCAAUGUCUCCUCAUGUCUAUUGCACGCAAGUCUUUAAUCACUCACGAAGACAGUUACAAAAUAGAUGUGCCAUGUUUGUCACAACAAAGGAGAAAAUGUGUAAUUUCUAACAGCACACUCAUCAAACCCCACAGCACGAAGGGAGAAAUGUAGGGGCCAAUCAAGUUGGGAAUGACAGUGAGAUCCAUUAUGUCUGUGUAAUAUGCCUAUUUGAAAAUUACCUCUUUUUCCCUGUCAAUAUUACUGCCACCUUCUUUUUCACAUCCCUGAAUCCAAUUCCCUUUUGUCAUAAACUCUGGAAGGAGCAUUCAUGUGAAAAUACACCGACAGAAAUUGUUUCCAAUGUGAAGCCAAAGGGAGAGGCAAAACCCAAAAACGUGGGACAGGACUAAGGCUGGGAGAAUGGGGACACAGAAGUGUGUGUGCUACAUACAGGGACUGAUAGUGACUUGAUGAUGUCUCUUGUACUGGGGACAUCUUAAAGUGCAUGCAUCUUUCAAUAAUAAUAUUAAAGAGGGUGUUGUUCAGAGUUAUAGAAUCAUACAGCACAGAAACAGACCCUUCAGUUCAACCAGUCCAUGCUGAACAUAAUCCCAAACUGAAGAAGAACUUGCCAAAUACUAUGUUUAUAAUAGGACGUAGGACAGGCUCUUCGGCACACCAUGCCUGUGCUGACCACAAUGGCAUUGUAAACUAAUUCCAUCUGCCUGCACAUGGUCCAUAUUCCUCUAUUCUCUGCUUGUCAAUGUCUGUCUAAAUGCCUCUUGAAUGUUGCUAUUAUAUCUGCGUCCAGCACCUCUCCUGGCAGCAUGUUCCAGGUACCUACCAGCCUCUGUGUCAAAAAAAAAGUGCCUCUCACAUCUUUAAACUUCCCCCCUCUUUCCUUUAAUCUAUGCCCCCUGGUAUUUGACAUUUCCACCCUGGGGAAAAGACUCUGAAUAUCCACCCUAUCCAUGUCCCUCAUAAUUUUAUAUUCUUCUGUCAGGUAGUUCCUCAGCCUCCGAUGAUCGAGCAAAAACAAUACAAGUUUUUCCAACCUCUCCUUGUAGGUAAUACAAUCCAAUGCAGGCAAUAUCCUGGUAAACCUCUUCUGCACCCUAUUGAAAGCCUCCACACCCCUUCCUAUAGUGUGGGGACUGGAACUGCACGCAAUACUCCAAACAUGGCCUAGCCAAAGUUCUCUGAUAGAGAAUGGAAGUUGAAUGUGCAAUUGUUUGCACGGAGAUUCAAAACUAUUCAUGCAGAAACUGGAAUGUGUCUUUGACUAUGUGCCUAUGAAUGUUCUCUCACUGUGGCUGGUUUAUCUCCGAUUCAUGCAUUAGGCUAAACUUGAAAGAACCUCACAUCUGUGACUACUUACAUGGGAUUUACAGGACAUUCGACCCAUCUAGUCCAUGCUGGUGUUUAUGCUCCACUUGAGUUCUCUCCUGCUCGACCUCACCUCACCCUAUCAACGUAUUCUUCUGUCCCAUUUUCCUGCUUGCGAUGGGACAGUUGCUAGCAGUGAGGUUCAGAUCUCAAAACAUCAGGCACGACAGCUUUAACAGGCCAGAGAGGUUUAAGGAAUCUGAGUUCCCUGCAGAAUGGAACACAGGAAUUCCAAGGUGUUUUAUUGAUUUGCAACUUACAUCGAAAAUGCUAUAGAACUUUUCUUUAAAAGUGGAAGAUUUUUCCUGGAUUAAUCAUUGAUUUUAGCUUGAUCAUUGUACCUGAUGAUGUUUGUGUGGCUUUGCAUUUUAAGGCUGUGCUGUUUUACGUUUUGAACAUUCUAAUGAAGAUUCGCUUAAAUAAAUUGGUUUUUCUGCUUGUA